UCCCUUCUUUGUUCUUUUUCUCCUUUCCUUUUAUUGUAAUUACUCGAUCCUAUAUUAUAUACACUAUCUUCUAUAAUGUCAGCCACCAGGACACCUUAUCGUCCAUCACUAGCUGACUUUACCACCGAGACACGCCAAACCACGGGUGAUAUACCCCCUGCCCUUGUCGGUGCAUCUACCACAUUUGUCAAUAAUGCGGUAUAUGUAUUUGGAGGAAGACUGGCCACCAACCACCAAAUUACCAAUCACCUCUAUAUUCUCAACCUCAAUACCUAUGUGUGGACUCGUCAUUUUGCCGCACCCGACUCUGCCCAUCCACCACAGCCACGGCACUUUCAUUCAAUGAGUGUUCACAAAAACCAAUACCUAGUUCUGUUUGGUGGAAUGGGAUAUGCCUCUAGUCGAAAACGCCUUGAACAAAAUGAAAAUAUAUGUUCCCUCAGGGAUGUGUGUUUAUUUGACACAAAAUCUCUCUCAUGGAUUACAUGUGAAGUACGACCAAGUCUGUUUACACCGCAAGCGCGCUAUGCUCACUUGUCAGUUUGCGCCAAUGACAAGUUAAUUAUUAUGGGUGGGCAAGAUGUUGGCAAUCGUUAUGUACAUGAGAUAAGUGUGUUCGAUCUCAUUACCUUUGCUUGGGUACAGUGCAGUCCUCUCGAUAAACCCUAUGGAACGUACCGCGCAAUCGCAUUCUGUCCUCCCACAAAAGAUAUUGCAAUGUUCAAAAGCGCUUUGUAUUACCCAGAGAAACCAAAGAAGAACUUUUCUCUCACAGCAGCCGAAACAAUGGCAAGCAAUGACCCGACCCUUGACGUAGAUCUCACAAUGUGUGUGUAUUCCAACUAUAAUUUCACAAAUGUCACCCGAGAUCUUCAGCUUCUCUAUCCUCUACGCACCCAGGCCACUGUCGAAUAUCAUGACCGGUCUACCCAAAUGUCGGGCUCUGUGUUGCCACCUGGACUGCGAUUUCCAACUGGACGAGUUAUCGGACACCAUUUUAUUCUCAUUGGUACCUACUUGUCUCCCACUCAACAUGCAUUUCAUAUCUGGGCGCUUAACCUAGUUAACCUAACAUGGAGACGUAUUGAUGCUGGAUCUGCUUUGAACACUGGUUCAUGGAAUCAGGGUUUCCUGCAUGAGGAUAGAAGAAAAGUGUAUGUACUUGGUAACAAAUCUCAAGAUUUGCUUAAAGACUAUCAUGGGAGACGAAUGAAUUUUGAGCAUCUUACUGUUGUUGAUCUCGAAUCUUACGGGAUAUAUCCUCUUCCACACGCAAUCUACUCCAGUACUGCACAAGCUAUCGGACUCGAAAUGCUGAACGAAACCAUGGUGGCGGACUCUGAAUUGUUG